AUGGACCACCAGAACCUCAAUAAUGCCACAUCAGGCCAGAACCUCAAUAAUGCCACAUCAAGCCAGAACCUCAAUAAUGCCACAUCAGGCCAGAACCUCAAUAAUGCCACAUCAAGCCAGAACCUCAAUAAUGCCACAUCAGGCCAGAACCUCAAUAAUGCCACAUCAAGCCAGAACCUCAAUAAUGCCACAUCAAGCCAGAACCUCAAUAAUGCCACAUCAAGCCAGAACCUCAAUAAUGCCACAUCAAGCCAGAACCUCAAUAAUGCCACAUCAAGCCAGAACCUCAAUAAUGCCACAUCAAGCCAGAACCUCAAUAAUGCCACAUCAAGCCAGAACCUCAAUAAUGCCACAUCAAGCCAGAACCUCAAUAAUGCCACAUCAAACUAA